UUAAAGGGAAUGAAGUCUCAUGAUUACCACGUAUUGAUGCAACAUCUGCUUCCAAUUUUGAUCCAACAUGCAUUCAAGGAUAAUAAGCCUAUGCGCACUAUAAUUAGAAGCUUCAGUACAUUUUUCAAUGCCCUAUGCUCGCGAAUCAUAGAUAUUGAAAUGUUAAUGGCUCUCGAGAAGGGCAUGGCUAGGACUUUAUGUGAGCUCGAGAUUACAUGUCCUCCUUCAAUUUUUGUUGUGAUGAUGCAUCUGCCUAUCCACUUGGCUUACGAGGCUCGCGUAUGUGGUCCUGUUUACUAUCGAUGGAUGUAUCCAUUCGAAAGGUAUAAUAUGAUUUUAAUAUGAAUAAACUGAUCCAACAUCUGCAAUUACAUUUUCUAAUGUGUUAUUAACUCUUUUAGGUUCAUGAAGACGUUUAAGGCGUACGUCCGCAAUAUGACACGACCUGAAGGUUGUAUAGCAGAACGAUACAUUCAAGAGGAGACACUUAUAUACUGCAACCAGUAUAGAGGGAAAAAUAACACGAGCCUCUUGGAGAAAUUGGAAAAGCGGUUAGGCAGAUCAAUUUCAUUCAUGCCGAAGUUACAAGAUAUUGUUGACGACUUUGAUGUUGACGUGGUUGGCCCAGUUGGCCCUGGUCAAAGUGUCGUUUUAGAAGGUAUUGAGUACGAACAGGCUCGCACCUGGGUACUGAAGAGUCAUCCUAACUAUGAGACAUGGCAAGGGAGAUAUGCAAAUUUCUUAAAGCAACGCAAUAUAGUUGUUGGGACUAGGACUAAGGUGGCGAGUGAUGAUGAGUUCAUACCUUGGUUGAAGAAACAGCUAGACUUGAGUGAAUCAAGUAAUGAAGUCUUCAGAGAUAUAGUUAGGGGACCAAAGGCUUUUGCGAUGCAGUACAAUAAAUAUUGUAUCAAUGGUUUCCUCUUCGUCACCAAGGAAUACGAAGAGAAUAAAAUGAACCAGAAUAGCGGUGUUAGCACAGAGAGUAUGACCACCUUCCGAUCUAGUGCUAAGGAUAAGAAUCCAGUGGAUGAAUCUGUACCUUAUUACGGAGUCCUCCGCAAAAUCAUCCAACUAGAGUACCGAGAAGGGUACAAGCCAGUUCUACUAAAGUGCGAUUGGGUGAAGGUGACGCACCAAGGUGUUUCUUUCGAUGCGGUAGGGAAUUUGAGACUGGUGAAUUUGUCUAAUCUUCUCAGUUCAGACCAAGUGGGUGAUGAGCCAUUUAUUCUUGCGGAGCAUGCCGUGCAAGUUUUUUAUUCUAGAGAUCCAAAACAUCCUAAUUGGCAUGUGGUCUUGGAGGUUCCAAGAAAGAUUUUCGUUGAAGAUGAGACAAGCAUUUUAUCAGAAACACGGGUUGUAACUGAGGCUGAAGUAGGACCUGAUCUCACCGAAGUAGACAUGGGUGGCGAGUUGUUAUUCAAUGACAGUGAAGAUAUUUGUGUGGUUGUUGAAAAGAAAAAGAAAAGAAAGAGAGCUGGGAAAAAAUCCUGA